AUGGCGACAAAUUCAAAACGAAUUCAUCAAUUAAAUAAACAAAUGAUAUUUAAUGGUGGUAAAUAUAUUUUGUAUAUAAUGCGUUGUAUUCGGCAAAAAUCAUCACCAGCAUUAACAUUUUCUUGUAAACGUGCAAAUUUAUUAAAUGUUCCCGUUAUUUCUGCUUUCUUCUAUGAUUAUCAAAAUCAUAAUAAAGCACAACGAGUAUUCUUAAUGGAAGGCCUAAUUGAAGUGAAAAAGAAAAUGAAUUCAUCUGGCAUUCCAUUAAUUUGUUUAAAAGCAAACAAUAAAACGGCUGUUCAAAUUGCCGCAGAUCUUAGUAAAUGGGCUUGUGAAGUUGUCAUCGAUGCUGGUUAUCUUCGUCAUGAACGUUUAUUUGAAGAAAACCUCAAUAAUGUUUUAGUCGAUGGUAAUCGCCGUUUAACUCGUGUGGAGGGCAAUGUUGUUGUUCCAGUGACGUUGGCAAGUAGUUUACUGGAAUUUGGAGCGCGCACUCUGCGACCAAAAAUUUGGCAACAUGUAGCAGAUAUGUUGAAGGAAAAAUGGAAUGAUCAGCCUAUAGUUCAGUGCAAGGAUUUGAAAAGUGUUGUUGAUGUUAAACUCGAUUAUAUGGAUUUAUCUGUUGAAUUAAAAGAAGCGCUUGAACAAAGGAAUUCAAAAAAUAAAUUCAUUGGGGGUGAAAAUGAGGCUUCGAAAACACUGGAUGAUUUUAUAUCGAAAAAAAUAAAUGGUUAUGAAACCAAACGUAAUAUACCUGGUACCGAUUAUCAGAGCUCUCUUUCACCAUAUUUGCACUAUGGUAUGAUAAAUCCCGUGGAUAUAAUUCGCAGAGUGAAUGAAUCGAAAGUUAAUAAAGCUUCAAAAGAUGCUUUCAUUGAAGAACUACUUGUCCGAAGAGAAUUAUCCCACAAUUUCGUUUAUUAUGCAAUGGAUAAUUAUGAUAAAAUGCAUGGAUAUUUGCGCAUGUAUUGGGCAAAAAAAGUUAUAGAAUGGACUCCCAGUUAUCAACAUGCUCUUGAUUUUCUUAUUGAACAGAAUGAUAAAUAUGAGCUCGAUGGUAAUGAUCCCAAUGGUUAUGCUGGCGUUUUUUGGAACUUUGGUUUACAUGACCGUGCCCAUGCGGAAAGGAAAAUAUUUGGCAAAUUGCGAUACAUGAAUGCUGAAGGAUUGCGAAGAAAAUAUAAGAAUAACAUCGAAAAGUUUGUAGAAAUUAAUUACCGCUUAGCAAAUCGACAACUUGAUGAACCAUUGCCAAAAAAGAGCAAAAAAAGUUGA